AACAAAUCAGAUAGAUUGCAAGAAAACAUUAAAUGUUCAAGUGUUCUUACUUCUGUUUUACAAAAAGCACAUUCAUUACAGUCCAAAUUAAAUAUAAGUCUUAAAAAUUCCCUGCAAGAAUAAAAUGUCAUUUAUUGUUUUGAAGUGUACCUCUUUCGCUUUAGUAGAGAUAGCAAAACUAAGAAAUGUACAUCUAAUUCUCUUGGUAUUCAACGUGGAGUAUUCCUUUAACAUUAUGUUUUCUUUUGAGGGAGAAAGGAAAAAAAUCUUUGGUGAGAGUAGAUCUCAAACAUUUGUUGUUACCCUUUUUCUCUAAUAAAGGUUGGUUAUUUAUGGACAGGGUGUGUAGUUCAGGUGUUAUCGGCAUGUACAUUAAAGUUCCCUUAAUCAUACAGAUGAGAGCCUGUGGAAUUGCUUUAAUUACAGCCCAGUAGUCGUUUCUGGAACAUUCAAUAUUAUAUUUAUGACUAAAAUCAUCAAAAUCUAAUAAGUUGCUUAUGGCGGGAGAAAAGGUCUUUCCUUGUGGGUCAGUGGACGGAGUCGCCGUUGCUGUAAUUACACGGUUUGGCCACUAUGUGGAGGAAUCGACGCUCCUCCCCCUGGAGCUCACAUUUAAAAGCAGAAGAAGAAGAAAUUUGAAAUCACUUCCUGUGUAUUAGCGCUGUUCGAGCAGAGAUCUACAAUUUGAAGGCAGGCGUAAAGGAUCAGAGCUCAAAAUAUUUUGAGUUUUAAGAAAGUAAAAAGUCAUAAAGCUACCGUCACAGAGAGCUGAAAUGGUGCACGAAGGAGUUCAGCUGGACCUUGAAACCUUCUCUUGUUCAAUCUGUCUGGAUCUACUGAAGGAUCCAGUGACUAUUCCCUGUGGACACAGCUACUGCAUGAACUGUAUUAAAUCCAACUGGGAUCUAAUGGAUAACAGGAACAUCUACAGCUGCCCUCAGUGUAGGCAGACCUUCACACCGAGGCCUGUCCUGGUGAAAAACACCAUGUUAGCAGCUUUAGUGGAGGAACUGAAGAAGACUGGACUCCAAGCUGCUCCUGAUGAUCACUGCUAUGCUGGACCUGAAGAUGUGGCCUGUGAUGUCUGCACUGGGAGAAAACUGAAAGCUCUGAAGUCCUGUCUGGUCUGUCUGGUCUCUUACUGUGAGAAACACCUCCAGCCUCACUUUGAAUCCUCUGCCUUUGAGAAACACAAGCUGGUGGAGCCCUCCAAGAAGCUCCAGGAGAACAUCUGCUCUCGUCAUGAUGAGGUGAUGAAGAUGUUCUGCCGUACUGAUCAGCAGUGUAUCUGUUAUCUCUGCUCUGUGGAAGAACAUAAAGGCCACGACACAGUCUCAGCUGCAGCAGAAAGGACUGAGAGGCAGAGAGAGCUCGAGGUGAGUCGACUAAACAUCCAGCAGAGAAUCCAGGACAGAGAGAAAGAUGUGAAGGAGCUCCAACAGGAGGUGGAGGCUAUCAAUGGCUCUGCUGAUAAAGCAGUGGAGGACAGUGAGAAGAUCUUCACUGAGCUGAUCCGUCUCAUGGAGAAAAGAAGGUCUGAUGUGAAGCAGCAGGUCAGAUCCCAGCAGGAAACUGAAGUGAGUCGAGUCAAAGAUCUUCAGGAGAAGCUGGAGCAGGAGAUCACUGAGCUGAAGAGGAAAGACGCUGAGCUGGAGAAGCUCUCACACACAGAGGACCACAACCAGUUUCUACACAACUACCCCUCACUGUCACGACUCAGCCAAUCUACAGACUCAUCCAGCAUCAAUAUCCGUCCUCUGAGGGACUUUGAGGAUGUGACAGCUGCUGUGUCAGAGCUCAGAGAUAAACUACAGGACGUUCUGAGGGACCAACGGACAAACAUCUCACUGACAGACACUGAAGUCCAUGUUUCACUGUCAGGACCAGAACCAGAGCCCAAGACCAGAGCUGAGUUCUUAAAAUAUUCACGUGAACUCACACUGGAUCCAAACACAGCAAACACACAGCUGUUAUUAUCUGAGGGGAACAGAAAAGUGACAUUAAUGUAACAACCUCAGUCUUAUUCUAGUCACCCAGACAGAUUCACUUAUUGGGAUCAGGUCCUGAGUAGAGAGAGACUGACUGGACGUUGUUACUGGGAGGUGGAGAGGAGAGGAGGAGGAGUUGAUGUAGCAGUCACAUACAAGAAUAUCAGCAGAGCAGGGAGCUCAGAUGAAUGUGGAUUUGGAUACAAUGACAAAUCUUGGAGGUUAUAUUGUGACACAAACAGAUAUAACUUUUGGUACAACAAAGUCCAAACUCCCGUCUCAGGUCCUCAGUCCUCCAGAGUUGGAGUGUACCUGGAUCACAGUGCAGGUAUUCUGUCCUUCUACAGCGUCUCUGAAACCAUGACUCUCCUCCACAGAGUCCAGACCACGUUCACUCAGCCUCUCUAUGCUGGACUUCGGUUUUACUAUUCUUUUGGAGACACUGCAGAGUUGUGUAGACUGAAAUAGACAGAAGUCAUUUAAGGGUUAAAUGCUGUCAUUUGAUUGUUGUAACAUGUCUUCACCUGUCAAUCAAACAUUAUGGGCGGUACUUUGCCCUCUUCUCAUUGGUCGUUGUGUAAAUGUUUGAGUUUCUUUAGGUGGAGCUCCUCCCUGUGUCUGUUUAGCCAUGGAGGCUAUCACUGCUCAUGAUGACUUUAGUUAACCUGAACUGACAUGAAAAUAUAAACUUCUCUGUCAUUUCAAUGAUUGUUGGAUAUUUUUGUUGUAUUUUGUUGCAUGUUUUAUGUAUUUGUACACUGUUUGGCUUUCACUGUAUGAGAGAAAACAUCAGACACUUUUUUAUCAAAGAUAUUUUGUUCUCAAUAAUUUUUUAGCCUAAUCUAUCAUGACAUUUACAUUUAUAUGUUUGGGAGAUUAAGUGUUGUUGUAAAUGAUGUACAAAUGAAGCUCUAUAUAGUGUUAUAAAACUGUAAUUAUCAUGUUCAUAAUCAAUAAGGAGAUAAUUGAUUGUUUUCUUGUACAUAGCUGAGAUUCUGGUCAAACAAACUGAUUGUGUGGAUGAAGUGAAUCUGUACAUGAAAUCAUUGAACAAGAGUCACUGAACAGACUUUACUGAUGGGAUGUGUGAACAAAGUGAAGCUUUACAGAAUGAAUAAACCAA